UGGAUUUGACAUUCCUGCUCUUGCGCAUGCAGCUCCUGUGAUGCUUCAAAAGGGAGGACAUCAGUAGCUAUUCUCGGACUACCGUUGACUUCGGUGAAUUAUCUGAAACAACAACAAUGCACUUCUACAGUUAAACGAAGAUAUUAAACUAGAGCAUUUUUAUGACUGACGUUAGCUAGCUUGCUAAAUUUCUAACACGUUAGCUAAGACAUACGUGAUCACCCGUUAGCAUGCUUGAGUAACUGCGUGAGCGUCACAAAUCAAUGAGGACAUGGGGUAGAAGAGCGUGAGCUGGACAUCUCGGAUCAUUGCAAGGCUAGUUUGACAUAGGCGACUUUGACCUCAAGGGCUCCUUGGCGGUAUUUAUAUCUUAAUUUAAAACGAUGUUAGCAGCAACAUUUUCACGUUUGACAGCGGAUUCGUGUCGUUAUUUUCCAUAUACCCAAUCGUAAUUGUUUUAAAAAUUAUUCAAAUAAAGCAUUUUCCACAUAAAUUAAGGAAGAGCAAUGAGAGAAAGCGUAGUUGGUUUUGUAAUUAUCCGGCCAGGACCUAGACAUUCGAUUUGAUUAACAGAGAACAUUAAUGGAUUGCUAUGUAAUUAUGGCAAAUAUAUUUCUUGAUAAUUAGCCUACUAGCCAAUAAGUAAGGAUUCGACGGGAGCAAUUAAAGCAACUGUGCAAUGCAAAUCUAGUAUUUUGGCUGGAAUUGAUAGGAAAGAAAUGUGCGCAUGAAAUAUGGCUACGAUGUAGCAGCAUUGGGCUGCCUAGCUGAUAAUUAACCCUCCACAAUCUGGUCUGCCGAAACUUUCCCUUAGCAUCAACAUGCCAUCACUGAGCGUUCUAGGGCGUUGUGAUACCGUCUAAUGAAUACGGCUGUGACGAUGUUUGAGGACGUCGGCUGGAUGCUGUUGGUCGCUGUUUUCCUUGUCUCCGUCUUGACAGUGCUCUUGUGGCUGGUACAGCACAAUGUUGGGGGGCGGACUGCUGAUGCUGCCUCGUGGGCUCUGCCAGGGAACCUGAAACCCCAGGUCCUGGCGCGUUGCGUGUGGAGCUCCUUACGUAAACUGUGGAUCAGAAGGGAUGCGGGAGCCGGAGACGAGGGGGUGUGCGCAGCUGGAGCCAAGAGCUUGCUGUCCUCUUUUUUCUCCUUCAGGUCUUUCAGAGAAAAUUGUCAGCGGGCCUGGAUUACAGCGCUCAACGAGCAAGCGUGUCGACACGGGUGCUCAAUACAGAUCACUUUUGAGGACAAUCUGCAGCUCCCCCCAUCUGCCUCCAUCGGUCAGGUGACCUGCAUGGACCAAUCAGCAUCCACUAUGGUGUUGCAGUGCGAUUGUAAAGUUGGCACAUUAACGUUCCCAGUGACUGUCACUCAGCAAUCACCAGCAGCGGUGUCCGUGGAUACAUACCAAGUCACUAUAGCACCAGCACAGUUUCAGCUGGUGGUGUCUCUGGAGGAAGUGGAUGAAGAGGGUCUUCUGGUGUCCUGGUCUUUUUCCCAGCAGCCUCUGCUGUCUCUGGCCGUGUCCCCCUGCCGAGCGCAUCAAGAGGGAUGUGAGGAAAUGGUGGAUGUCAACAUGAUCGAGGAUCUGGUGGAGAAUGCCAUUGUCAGCACUCACCCUGCCAUGAUGGUUAACCUGAAAGCCUGUGAAGGCCCAGCAUCUCCAGCGAAGAGGCAGACUCUGGGGCGGAGCUCUCCUUCACCAGGCACCCCUGUGCAACGGGUUGCAGUCCAUCACCUCAGAGUGACUGGCCUCACAGGAGGGGGUAAGGCUGUAGGAGGGGAGGGAGGUCACGUUUUAGCUGGAGGAGAAGCCAUAGGAGAUGGAGCCAAGGCUUCAACAGGAGGAAGGGGGGGCCAGUUAUUCCAGCUGCGGGAGCUCUGCUGUGCAUUUGAUUUGGACCCACCAACCCAGGAGGCGAGGAGUGACUUCCUGCCUGCCCCUGUCAGACCAGGGGCGGAGCUGGAGUGGAACGAGGAUGUGGCUUUCGACCUGGAUGCAGACACCAAGGGGCUGAGGAUACGGCUGGUGGAGAGGAACAGCAUGGGGGAAAAGUUCCUGCCAGGCCAAGCGUCCAUACCCCUGAAUUUCUCACGGAGAACUCCCACUGGACGACAGGUUCUGUCAGUCAGCACAGGCCCCGGGCUCCCGCCCACAGCCACUGUCAUCCUGAAGCUGGUGUUCCUGGAGGCAGGCGAUGCCCAGAACUGUCACCGUGACACUCAGCUCUGUGUACUGCCAAACCCUACGCAGGAGGUGGAAACAGACAACAGCCCAAUUCCCGACUGCAAGAUGGUCAGCAUGGCUCCUACUGUUCAGACACAACAGUUUCUGGCCUGCAAACCAGGUACUGGUUCUCCUUCCUGUUCUCCUCACAGAGUGAAGCAGGCAGAAAUAGCAGUACUCAGAGAGCCCUGUGGAAACUCCAGUCCCACCAGCAGCUUGAAGGCUCUCCUCUCUAAUGGCCUAGACCCCGUAGAUGACACUGCCAUUAGACACCUAAUUAUGAAGCAGGCAUCAUCAAAAAGGGGUGCCACUAUCAUCACUGCGGGGUCAAAGGACCCCAUGGCAGCAGGAGGAUCUGGCUGCACUUCAAUAGCAGACACUGGCCUGCAGGGGGAGCACUCCCUGCUGGGAAAUAACAGCGACAGGUCCAGCUCUCAGAGGGUCGUGUGGCAGAGCUGUGAUGAGGCGGCUCGCUCCAGUAACUCUGAGCGUCACUCCGCUGAUGACCUGGAGUCUGAGACGGGCUCCAACGGGGCCCUGGAGACACGCAGUCUCAAGGACCACAAAGUGGGUUUCCUGCGCAGUGGCACAAAGUUCCUGUUUCGGAGAAGAGCACAACAGAAGGACCCGAGCCUCAGCCGGUCCCACGAGGACGUCUCCAACCUGGGCCAGAACUCCGUCACGCGCAAGAAGUCUGGAAGCUUCUCCCGACGCCUCAUCAAACGCUUUUCCUUCCACUCCAGAUCAAAGAACAAGGCCAGCGCUAACGUUAAUGGAGCAACAGCCACCACUGAUGACUAAGAAGUGGGUGGGGGGGCGGUGUCCUCCUGCGCCCUCCAAUGCAAAGAUCCUGAGCCUCAGGCCAGUAGCUUUGUGAACUGAAGGAUGAAAUGAAGUCAGUUUUAGAGUGAAAAUAACUGCUGGAGCAGGUUUCCAAAGACUGACUGUUACUAUGAAACCGGAUCUGAUCAAGCAUCGUGCCUCUCACCCAUGUUGAGAGCACCUGCUUUCAUUUACAGCAAGCACCAGACAAGGCACUUUCCCUCCGAUUCAAGGGAAGGACAUGCAGUUACUUGCACAGAUGCCAAUAAGGGAAGGGGGCAGGAAAGGGAGAGGGCAGCAGGGAAAGCACAAACAGAAGAACAAAUGUUUUAAUGUCCAGUGCAGGAGCCUGCAUUUGUGCUGUAAUAUGUGUAAUGUAGUUUUAAAGCUCCUAUAUCCAUAUUGACGGGUGUAUAUUGCAAAUGUAUGUAAGUCAUAAAAAUAGUUUUCUUUCUUUUUCAUUUCCUUCUCAUUCCCCCUACUACAGCCAAUAAGGGCUUAGGCAUGCCUGCCUUUGACACAGAUCAGUGUUGUUUCUCACUGUCCUCCUAGACCCAUUACACUACUCUAACUCUGACCCGCCGUCCUCAUAGAGAGGGCCUGACCCACAGCAGGCCACUGAGCCCCAGAGUCGGAUGGCUGUCUCCUGAGGGGAUGGGGUAGUGUGACAUGCUAGAAUAUUCCUGUAGACUAGAGAGGACUACACCCCUUGUACAGGAGUAAUAAUCUCAUCUUUUUAAAACUUGAUUGCCUGAUAUUUAUUUAUUUAUGUAUUUAUUUAUUUAUCUAUUCAUUUAUAGUCAAAUGGUGUGGCUUUUUGUGAAAAAGUCUUUUCUCUUUGGUACAGCACUUCAUAAUAACAAGAAUUUUUUCUUGAAAUGUCAUGUAGCUCCUUGAGUUAAUCAAAAGUUACAAUUUAGUUGUUAAGCAGACAUGUUUAGCCAAAGCAAUUUAUAAAAUUCACAUGGUAAUUCCGGCACACACUUUAAGCUUUUCUUUUAAACUAGUGUGGCUAAAGCCCCCAAGUCUUUGUUGUUAAAUCCCAGUGGUUGUUUCCUCUAGUUUUCUUUAUUAUUGAAAAAUAAAAACAAACAUCAAAGUA